CAGGCCUCCAGGAAUGGCUCGGGGAAAGUGGCCAAGAAAAAAGAAUUAGGCUUUUCGACAUCAACAAUUACCUGUAAUAACUGCGGAACGGACAAGACCAGUAGAUGGAGGAAUAAUAAAACUAUGUGUAACGCCUGCUUUUUGUGGCCCAAACAUCACCGUGGGACUUAACUUCUGUUACAAGAAAUAUGUAUCAACUGCACCACCACAACAACAACUAGGUGGUGGGGCCAAAAAUGACAUGCUUGUCAUCAAUGGCAAAUGAACCACAAUGGGAUUACCUGUAAAAACUGUGGCACUGACCAGACCAGUAAAUGGAGAAAAAAGAAUACAAUGUGCAACGCCUGCUUUCAAUGGCCGAAUAAUCACCGUGGGAAAAUCUGUAACAACUGUAACACUGUGACAUCAUCAAAAUGGUGGAAAGGUGGCACAGAAUGCAACGCGUGCAAUCAGUACUACAAGAAUCACGGUGGGGAAAAAUGCAAUAACUGCAACAAAACAAUUAAUCUAAAAUCAAACAAAAAAUGGUUGUACAAAGAUUCAGACGGCCAGUUUUGUGUUGAAGAAAAUAGUGCAGACGGGGAAAAAUAUCGAGUGUGCGCAAAAUGCAACUUGAACAUCCGUAGAAGAGAAAGAUGCAAUAACUGCAACAAAACAAUUAAUCUAAAAUCAAACAAAAAAUGGUUGUACAAAGAUUCAGACGGCCAGUUAUGUAAAGAAGAUAAUGGAGACGGGGAACAAUAUCCAGUUUGCAGCAAAUGCAACCUAAACAUCCGUAGAAGAGAAAGAUGCAAUAACUGCAACAAAACAAUUAAUCUAAAAUCAAACAAAAAAUGGUUGUACAAAGAUUCAGACGGCCAGUUAUGUAAAGAAGAUAAUGGAGACGGGGAACAAUAUCCAGUUUGCAGCAAAUGCAACCUAAACAUCCGUAGAAGAGAAAAAUGCACUAAUUGCAACAAGAACAUUAAACAAAAUCAAACAAAAGAUGCUUACAAAAAUAUGCAGACGGCCAAUUCUGGAUACAAAAAAAUGCAGACGGGGAAAAUUAUGUAGUUUGCACCGCCUGUAACACCAAAAUCCCGUACAAUUUAAUCGAUGUGAAUGAUGAUGCUACAUAACUGUAAAUUUCAUAACUGAACAAUUCAAUGCAAUGUACUGAGUUAGAUUAAGGAACUGUGACGCUAUUUAUUGUAUUGCUGUACAUGAAACGAAUAAAGAAGUUUUAAAUUGAAUUGAGUACUCCUAUCAA